AUGCCGAUCAAGUCCCAACUCGACAGCCUGAUCCGUGAAGGUUCAUUAGAGUGGAGGAAUCUCUGUGAAAACGAGACCUAUAGGGAAAGGUUCCCAGACAAGCAUUUUGACCUGGAUACAGUUCUCCAGGCUAAAGUUCGUCCGAUUUCUGUUGCACCGGAGAAGUCCUUCAUUGGCUUCUUCCAUCCAGAAGGACUAGAAAAUGGAGAUUGUGAUUUCCUCCAUGGUGCGAUGUCGUUUGACAACAUUUGGGAUGAGAUUUGUCUAACUGACAUGCAUUGCUCUCUGACUGGUGACCCAUUAGUUUACAUCAUUAGCUGGAAUGACCACUUUUUCAUCUUAAAGGUCGAACAAGAUUCAUACUACAUCAUCGACACGUUGGGCGAGAGGCUUUAUGAGGGCUGCAAUCAAGCAUUCAUCUUGAAAUUCGAUCGAGAUACGACCAUCCAUCAACGUAUUGAGCCUAAAAAAUCAGACAGUGAACAUAUAACCGAUGAGAAAAAGGAAGUGCAGGAGGGCAGUUGCAAAGGACAAAUUACUAUCAACAGCAGUAAUGUGCAAGGAAAUAGUGAAGAAGAACCGAAGAUAGUCUGCACCGGAAAAGAGUCGUGCAAAGAGUACAUUAAGAGCUUUUUGGCUGCAAUCCCUUUGAGGGAAUUGCAAGUUGAUCUGAAAAAGGGAUUGAUGGCAUCGACACCUCUUCAUCAUCGGUUACAAAUUGAGUUCCAUUACACAAGGCACUUACAACCCGUGAUAGAGUCUUCCAUAGUCGAAGCAAUUGCUGAUAUACCGGAGAUACAACCCUUGGAAGUACCUGAAGAAUUAUAG